AUGUUAGCCAUAAAUGGUCUUGGAAACCACAGAACCGUAGCAGCAGACACGCUUAGUGUCUGGUUAUUACGGGCGACACAACUAUCCUCAGCUAAAUCUGAUCGCGAUGACAGCCCUAGGUCGACUUUGGGCGACUUGGUCACUGACGAAAACGCUAAUGCCAUCUUUAAUUUUGUAUGCGACUUUUGGGAUGAUUCCGGGGCUGCUUUGGGCAACGCAUUGAGAGACUUGUUUGUAAAGGUUGUGAGUUUCUUAGCAAAAGUGAGGGCCGAUGCCGGUAAUCUUGAAUAUCUACUGAAGAGUUGGACACAGCGAGUAUUGACUUUCCCCACAACCACGCGGGUAUUUUACUUCAUGAUAGAGAUCCUAGCAAGAUAUGUCGGAGGAAUGUAUAUUUUAGAACAACGGCCUUCUUUGCCGUCUGAGGCUCUAUCACUGAUGCUGGCCAAUGCACUCUCAAACCCGAUAGGCAAGGCCAUAUUUUCUAUUUACAGCACGAUAUUGAUCCCCCCUGCGUCGCUUUUUGUUCCAAGUGUGAAACUUGACGUAGAAACAUGGUCUGAAUUAUGGGCCAGCUCUACGAGAGAUGUUUUACUAAAUGAUCCAGACUCACGACAACACGUAUUGACAUAUUUUCUUCCUCAUAUGUUCAAGCUGAGCCCAAGUUCACUGCAGAUAUUUGUUGCUCCAUUGAAAGAUAGCAAAUUUCAAAAAAAUCACAAAGAUGCCCUGUCUGUUCUUAUCGGUUGUUUGAAAAUAGCUCAAGAUUUUGCGAUUAUAAAUAUCUAUGAUGAAGAGACUGCUAAAACACUACUGGAUACCAAAGUUCUGACUCAACUGCUACAUCACUUUAAUAGCGAGUUACGAAUUGGUGGACUCUCCUUGCUGGUGUCCAGCCCUCGGGGAUCGCAACCUGUUCCAUCGUAUCUGUUCCCGAUUUUGCGAAAUUCAAUGGAUAGUCUUCUGGUCGAAAUUGACGCAGGCCAUCGUCACGAAGUCCACGGGCUGCUACGACAAUUUGUUUUCAGACUUCGAGGCUAUUCUUAUGCCGCGAAGAGGGAUGCAUUGAAAAAGCAAUCUAGGCUGGACUUCUUGAUUGACCAUAGCACUGAGGAAGAGUUAGAGAGGGACAAGCAUUUACUUCAACGUGAACGAGAAGAGAUAGAGGGACUGUUAAAUAAAGUCGACGAAGUUAAAGAAUUUUUAACGUGGUUCCACCACUUCAGUUUACGUCAGCUUCUUCCUGGAUCGCCAUAUCACUGUUUGUUUAAUGGUGUGUCAAUCCUUAAAUUGUUAAUCCAGUCCGGACUAGACACCGAAGUUGAUCCCGAAUAUUUUGAGAAGUUAAAUGUGCAAUACCCAUUUACCAUAAAAAUAUACAACAGAGCAACUGUUCGCGUACUUUUUGAUACAGUUGGAAGCAAUUAUGAAGAUAUUAGACUUGCUGCCACGGAUCUUCUGCAUAUGGCUCCUCUUUCAUCAUCAAUUCUGACCGACAAUGAAGAAUUGACUAGGAUAAAAGCACGAGUAACAGAAAUGAUAACAGGAAUGAAGGGUAGAGAAGGUGAUACAGGUGCGCGUUUUGCAGAGUUGAUAUUUUAUCUCUCUCAAGAUAAAUGUAUCUCCUACCUUGAUUAUUUAGUAUCGUUGGUCGAAACUUUAGUUGCACAAGCCAAGAUGAACUUGGCUAGUUCAGCUUAUGAAAAGUCAAUACAUGGUGGAUUCGCGAGUCUAAGGUAUAUAUUUGAGAAGAUCGACUUUACAAAGUAUCUAAAGGAGCUUCAGGAUGGUAAUAUCAUAGAGAGAAUUUUUAAAUCUUUUUUUGACCAUUAUGAUGUUGUUCGGGAUGUACUAUGCCAUGACUCGCCAGAAGGAAAUAUCCCCGAACAACUAGAAGCCAUGUAUACACCCACCAUGGAAGCCAAAUAUGGCCCAGCUGCUCAAGUUAUCCUUAGUUAUGCUUGGAGAGCUGUCAAAGAAUCUACCACCUUAGUAAGAUGUUUAUUAGAGCGAUGCCCUCAAGGCACACUUAUAUCUGACGAGCUUCUCCUACAGACUGGCGGUAUAUUGAUGGAUCAAUUGGCUACAGUUAAACACAGAGGAGCUUUCUCUUCCGUCUAUCCUGCUUAUGUUAGUUGUUGUAAGCGAUGCAGAAACUCGUGCAGCUUGAAAGAAGUUCCCAGGACUUGGCUUAAUGAAAAUCUGGCUCUUAUUCAAGUAAGGUCUCAGUACAUCACUAGAAGAUCAGGCGGCUUACCAUUUUUGAUUGUAGCUGUAUUGACUGCUGACACAACUCCGUCAGAUAAUCAGUUGUUGUCGGAGACUUUUGACAAGCUUUACUCUAUUGCAACAUUACCCGUACAAUCUUCAAAGGAAGAAAAAAUGGAUUUACCACAAGUUCAUGCAUUUAAUUGCAUUAAGGCGUUGUUUAUUGAAACAGAAUUAUCAACCUAUUCGAAGGCCUUUGUGGAUAGAGCACUUGAUUUGGCAAUAUUGUCAUUCACAAGUAAAAUAUGGUCUAUACGUAACUGUGCUGUAAUGCUGUUUACAGCAUUGCAAAACAGGCUCUUUGGGUCAAAGGUGGAUGCUCGUAUGUCGGCAAAGCUAUUUUUUUCCAGAUUCAAGGGCACCCGAUCUGUUUUAUUAGACAACCUGAAAGAAUAUGUAACGGCUCUUGAUCAACCAGAUGGACAGCUUAGUGAGCGUGUCGAGACAGUUUAUCCAAUCUUAUCGCUUCUUGUUCGGUUGGAAGGUAUUAACGGAUAUGAUGGGCUAGAUGAGUUUGUUCCUUUAAUAUUGGAGUGCCUUGAGAGUAAGAUAUGGAAAAUUCGUGAAAUGGCCGCUCGAGUACUGGCUUCGAUGAUCGCCAAAGAGCAUGUCACAAACUUUAUUAAGAAUCUUUGGGUCGAUGUCGUUGUAGCGCGACAAAAUAAACUCCAUGGCAUCCUUCUUGCGACCAUUCAUUUCUCCAACAAAUGUAAACAAACCUUACUUGAAGAUGGAGAUGUCAUAAAACUCAUAACGUCGAAGUUUGAGUUCUAUUUACUUCAAAAUCGAUCGCCAGAAACGAGUUUGGCUUACUUCAGAGUUCUCAACAUAAUUGCACCAACUUGGUCUCCAUUUCAGAAGUACUGCGAGUCACAGUUGGUCAUUAAUCAUAGAAAGCAUCUCAGUUCUACUAGGAGAGUUAUGAAAGAGGACGCUGUAAAAGCAUAUCUAAAAUUGAACGGCAGCAACUGUUUUGACCUUUGCCUCAAACUUCUUUUUGAUUCUGCAUAUGAAGUACAGCUUGCGACUCUUGAAUUCCUGGAUGAGCAAAUUGCUGAAAUUCUAGACAAUGAGUCCAUGUCUGCUGCUUUAAGAGAUUCGUUAUGGGAACUGUUUGAAACGAAAGAAUGGGAUCAAGUAAGAGGUCCUGCCAUUCGUUUGUUCAGCAAACUGAUCUCAGCUAAUUCUAAAAUCGAUGGCAAAAGAUAUUGGAAGCUGUUAUUUGAAUCCAUUAGUUCUCAGUCUACGGAAGAAAUUUUGCAGGCCUGUCUAGAAACCAUUGGACCCGUAACAGCUAUGAUGGACGGUGAAGUCGUGAACGAGAUAACUCUGCUGGCUGGGCUUAUUUCCAAGUACUCUCAUGAGGACGAGCCUUUUCCAGUUCGUUUAGCAGCAUGCAAUUCUCUACUAAGCUAUCUUCGUAUAGCUCCAGUGGGAAAGGUUCCUAUUGAGAUAUAUUUCUCCUUACUCGGAUUCUUAACGGAUGAUGACUAUGAGCUCCGUGAUAUUGCAACUAUAUUUGUUGCCGAUUAUCUAAAUAUUGAGCCUUCCACGAGUAGUUACUCAGAAAAAGCUCUUUUAACUUUUAUAUCCGAGACAGCUCCUCAAAUUGGAACCUAUAUUGCGCAUGGGUUGAUGGAACAGGACGACUCAUUGAACCGGAUAAGACAUUCGCUGACUGGCGAUGAAGCACUAUUCUCCAUUGAGAAGCAAAAUCUGUUCCGCAACGAAUAUACCGUUGCCGCUCAAUGUGAGGAUGUUUUGACUAGUACCACUCUCACAGUAGAUACUAAUGAAGAGUUAUGCAAUUGGAUAAAUAAGGAGAUAGGGGCUUUUAUUGCUAUCGUUGGUGAGAGAGGCAAAGACGGACUUUUGGGCUGGUGCACUUCUAACAGUGAGACCUUUGCAAAGCUAUACCGUAUAUGCAGUCAUGUAAAACUUGCGAAGCGGUUGAAUCUUCCGAUUAAUGACACUCCGUUAUUAGCCAAACUGGAAGAAUACGAUAUUCAUCCACUUCUCAGCACUCGUAUUUAA